AUGUAUCUGUAUAUUUUGCAUUGGGUUGCGAAUCGAUUCUUGAAAGACAAUCAGCUCAAUAAGCUUGGCGUCGAGGACCCUUACUAUGAGGACAUCCCAGUGUCUACAAACGAAAAGACAGGGAAGACCAAAUACAAAAAGGUGAAGAGGCAACCACCAAAGGGCCUUCUGCAAAACGAUGUUAGUAUAUUGCAGACUGUCAGAAAAAAGGCUUACCGUUAUGACAUGUGGUUCAGCGUUCUCGGCUUCAAGUUGGGUUGGUCCAAUGUUGUAGGCUUGGUGCCUAUCUUCGGAGCCAUUGUGGCCAACUACUGGUCAUUGCUGAUUUACUGGUACGCUCGUUCCUUGGACGACGGCUUGCCUUUGGAUAUCCAACUUUUGUUCUUCUUCAAUAUUGCCAUCGACUUUGUCUUAUCGUUCAUCCCCAUUGUUGGCCAGUUGAUCGAAAUUGGUUACAAAGCCAACCUGAGGAACUUUCUCUUGCUCGAAAAGCACUUGCAACGCGUUGGUGAAAAGAACUUGGGCUUGAUCUCCGAGGCAGAUGUCAGACCGGGCUUCAUCAAUGAUAAAGUUCAGCCUUUUGUGGAUGAGACCAUCAAGCCUGGUGCCGUCAAGGCCAGUGAGUCUUUGAAACACCUCGUACAGCAGGGACUCGGCUCAGCGGGUUCAUCAUCUCCAUCCUCGGCAGAGCCUACAAUUCAAGGUUCCGAGGCCACCGCCACAGCGACAAUGGAUAGUUUCACCGAGGACGACGCCAAAAGCGUACGCAGCCUCAAGGCUAACAAGCGUGGCACGUCCAAGGAUUUUGAAUAG